GGGGUGGCACGGCCGAGCCAGGCGGGAGCGCGGCGGAGCCGGUGAUGCUGCCUGGGAGGGUCCCGGUGCUCCGCAGCCCCGGCCCCGCAUCCCCACCUUCCUCUCUCCCUGCAGCGCUGCGCUCCCGCAGCCCGGCAGCCUCCCAUCCCUGCCUCCCGGUGCUGCCCGCUAUCCCGGCAUCCCAGCGCUCCCGCAUCCCGGCAUCCUCCCAUCCCUGCAUCCCUCCAUUCCUGAAUCCUCCCAUCCCUGUAUCCCUGCAUCCCUCCAUCUUCCCAUCCCUGCGUCCUCCCAUCCCAGCGCCGCUCAGCGCCCCGUGAAGCCCCGCCGAGGAGCUGAGCCGUGACGCGCCGGUUUGGGGAGCAGCGGGGGGGGCCCGCCCGGGCCCGGGGGGCCGCGGUCAGGCUCAGCACCGGCUCCGGGGGCUCAGGACCCCCCGUGCCCACCCUCGGCACGGCCACCCCGCGCCGGGGAUGAGGCAGAGCCGGGGCGGACACGAGCGGCGCCGCAGGUAACGCUGGCGGGAGCUCGCAGCCCCCAGCCCACCAUGCCGUCGUCCAAGAGCGGGAGCGAGUUCUGGAUCGAUGGAUCCCACCGGGAGGCGGCACUGGAAGAUUUCUACGUCGUGGGCUCCGAGCUGGGACGGGGAGCCACCUCGGUGGUGUUCAGCUGCCAGGAGAAGGGCACGGGAGCUCCCUACGCUGCCAAGAUCCUGAAGAAAACGAUCGACAAAAAGAUCGUGAGGACGGAGAUCGGGGUCCUGCUGCGGCUCUCGCAUCCCAACAUCAUCAAGCUGAAGGAGAUUUUCGAGACGCCCUCGGAGAUUGCGCUGGUGCUGGAGCUGGUGACGGGAGGAGAACUCUUCGACAGGAUUGUGGAGAGGGGGUUCUACAGCGAGCGGGAUGCGGCUCACGUGGUCAAGCAGAUCCUGGAGGCCGUUUCGUAUUUGCACGAGAACGGAGUCGUCCACCGGGACCUGAAGCCGGAGAAUCUGCUCUACGCAGACCUGUCCCCCGACGCGCCCCUCAAAAUCGGUGACUUCGGGCUCUCCAAGAUCGUGGACGAACAGGACACCAUGAAAACCGUGUGUGGGACGCCGGGGUACUGCGCCCCCGAAAUCCUGCACGGGUGUCCCUACGGGCCGGAGGUGGACAUGUGGAGCGUGGGCGUCAUCACCUACAUCCUGCUCUGUGGCUUCGAGCCCUUCUUCGACCCGCGGGGGGAUCAGUACAUGUACAGCCGCAUCCUCACCUGCGACUACGAGUUCGUGUCCCCCUGGUGGGAUGAGGUGUCCCCCAACGCCAAGGAUUUGGUCAGAAAAUUGAUCGUUUUGGACCCGCAGAAGAGGCUGACGGUUUAUCAGGCCCUGGAGCACCCCUGGGUCACCGGGAAAGCGGCGAAAUUCGCUCACAUGGACAGCACGCAGAAGAAACUGCAGGAAUUCAACGCCAGGAGGAAACUGAAGGCCGCCAUGAAAGCCGUGGUGGCCUCCAGCCGCUUGGGCAACCACGGCCACCACGACUGCUCCCGCAGCGGCCGCGGCCAGCGGGGACCCCGGGGCCUGCCCCAGCCCGCGGGGACCGGCGGCCCUGAGGCCACCACGGAGCUCGCCGUGUUCCAGAGUGACCACCCCGCCGUGGCCCCGGUGGCCGUGGCCCCGGUGGCCGUGCCAGGCGCCGGCUGUGACAGUUAACGGGCCCGGAGCAGCGACACCGCCCAGCCUUGGCCGCUGCCGGGGGGCCUGGAGAGCCCUGAGCCCGUGGUCUGGGCUCUGGAACAUCCUCGUGUCAUGUCCUGUCACCCCCUGGUUGCUGUCCCUGUGUCUGUGCCCGCCCGGCUGAGGGGACGAGGAGGUGACUUUGUCUUCCCACUCUCCAGCAGUUUGGGCCGCUGUGGCUUGGAAAGAUCCCGAAAAACGAGGAGCAAACAGCAGAACUAAGGAUUUCUCCCACUUUUCCCUGCAAAGGCAGAGAGUUGUCUUUAAGGGGUUCCUCUAAACAGUUCUGGAGGUUUCAUUUCUUCGAAUUGUGCUGCCGUAGCUGUGACACCUCCAGCGCUGUCACCAGCCCAGCUGUGGGGUCUCUGCUGUGUUAGGCGGGGUUUUAGGAGCCUCUGACCCCACAUGUUCGAUCCUCUCCGGACAACAGCCCAUGCCAGUGGUUCCCUUGUCACUCCCAGGCAGUAGCCGAGCCCUGGGUUGUGUUUUUUUGGGUGUGUUCCCCACCUUCAGCCUGCUGUGGAUCCCUGCUGCUGGUGGUGGUAGGGUGGUCACGGACUGGGAAUGCCGGUCCAGCCUCCCCUUGGCAUUCCAGGUCAGGAUUGACACCAUUUUAACACAGGAAUUUACACAAUUCUUGAGUAAGAACAACACAAUUGUUUGUACUUUGUGAGCCUCUACCACGUAACUGCUGUUCCCUGACAGAGGACAAUGAGUUUAUACCGUUUUUAUUCUUAUUUUUUAAUGGAAUCACCAGACAAACUUCUUGAAAGGAAUUUUUUUUUUUUUUUUUAAAGGCAGGAAACAGGACAAGCACUUAUAGAAUUUAAUACAGAGCAAGUGACCAGACAGGAAAAGCCAUAUUCCAUGUGGGAAUUAGGGAGAGUUGGUGGGAUCCUGCCAGGUUUGACACCCAAGGCAGCGACCAUGACCUGCACCCCUACAUUUUGGGCUUAGAAUGGUGUGUUCUGGGUAAAAAUCCCACCUGGAGGAGAAUAAAUAUGUCCAGGAAGUUCAUUCCGCCCAGGAUGGGGGCGCAGAAUUGAGCAGCUGGGACAGGAAGGGCAAAAAAACCCCCCCAAAAUCGGAUGUUUUGCCGAAGGUGACGCAGCAGUGCCGGACCUGAGGGUGACAGAGCAGGGUCAGGAGGUUGAGGCCGGAGCAGGGGAAGGAAAAUGUGACACGAGGAUUUUGGGUUUAUCUCCAGCACGAGCAGAAAUGAAAACAGCUCCGUGUCCUAAUCCACCCUGGAGCUCGGUGGGGUUGGGGGAGUUGAAGACGGCAGAGAAAUUGGGUGUUCAAGAGGGGUUUUAAUUGGCAAAAUAUCAGGGCUUGACCAGAGCUGCAAUGUUUUCAACUGAGUUGCUCUUUUAUGAGGAAGCAGCUGCCCAGGGAGGUGUCCCAGGGGGGAAAUGAAGCCGCUGAUCCCACGGGAUGCUGCAGCACAGGGAAAUUAUCCCUUUUUCUUUGCAUUUCUGGCAGGAGGGGCAGUUUUUCCCUCUCCUUUUUUUUAACCCUGAGGGCUGAACCUUGCAGGGUGCUCAGCUCCGGCGUCCAUCCUAUCCUCAGUGUGUCCUCCCAACUCCGUGUCGUGUCUCCGGCGGGACCUGAACUCCACCUCGUUGCUCCCUAACCCAGGUUUUAAAGACUAUUUUCUAUCCUUCGACAUGAAAUGCUGAUUAAAGCCCCUUCCAGGACCAGCCUGGGCACCCCCAGAGCCCGCGAAGCAGGGACUGGUGCUGGGAAAGGCUGAGUUAACAGCCGCAUUCCCAAUCCUGCAGGAGAACAGGAAUUACAGUUGGCAAAUCAAUUACACAAAGUAUCUCCAGUGGCAGAAGGCACUGGGACGAGGGAGGGGGCUGCGAGCAAAGCCAGAAGAGGAGUUUGUGUCUUAUGUUAACAGUAUCAUUCCAAAGGUAUCCGUACUGAAAGAUUGGAAAAAUGCACUCCUGGGAGAGAAGCCCGCGGAGGCGCAUUCCGGUUUGUUGCUGUUUGCAGCGUGUGUUUUGAGUAACAACUUCAGUGUAGCGGUGACAGUUCUGAUAGCCAGGUGUUUAUAACCAAGUAGAGACAGAAUAAAGCAUCAAAUCUCGA